CGGCUGGACAAUCCCGCCAUUUCCUCUCCAAAUAAUCACGCCACCCGCCCCUUUUCUUUCGCUCCUUCGACCUUGACUCCCCUUCCUCAGUAACUCUGCACCACCCUUGUUACUUGAGACAGACCCUCUGGCCGUCUUAAGGGCAAAGAUUCCCCCCCCCGAUAUCUCGGUCAUUCCUGGCAUUUGUACAUACAAAUGGAAGCCAAGCCUGGCAGCCUCUUGCUCCUCGUUCUUGUUGACUUGACUUGACCCGUCUUUGCGCCAUGCUUCCCUGAGGCGCACCAGUCACCAGCCACCAGCCACCACCCAAGUAGACGCUCCCUUCGUGUUGACGAAUGUCAAGCGGUACUCCUUCUGAUCCAGCGGCACAGGCUGCCGCAGAAGCUGCUGCGGCGGCCUUCCACUCGUUCGCGAUCGAGUCAUGGACACUCUACUCGAUUGGCGUUCUCGUGACGCUGCUCAGGACAUACGCCCGAGCAAAGGCCGUCGGCAUUAGAUCUUUUCGAACAGACGACUACCUGGUGUGGGUUGGCAUUAUGUUCUACACCACCCAAGCGACCUUGGCCUACAGCGUGGGCAACGUUGCCCGUGGCCUCGCAAACAAUGGCAUGACCGAGGCCGAGCGAGUUGCACUGUCCGUCGACGAUCCGGAAUACAGACUCAGGAUAAUCGGGUCGAAGAUUCAAGUGGCAGGCUGGACAACCUACUCGGCCUUGAUGUGGUCGCUCAAGCUGGCCAUGUUGGUGUUCUACAUUCGACUUACGGAAGGUCUUGGCCGGCGCUAUCGCCUUCGCAUCUACAUUGGGUUUGCCCUCGUUAUCGCAACCUUUCUCGCGUCUAUUGGGGCAGUGUUCCUGGCAUGCCGGCCAUUCCAGAACUAUUGGCAGAUCUAUCCAGAUCCUGGCAACUUCUGUCAGGCUGCCGUGUCCAAGCCGAUUAUCUGGGCCUCAUUCGCCGCGAACGUCUCUACCGAUAUAUAUCUCAUAUUGAUCCCAAUUCCCCUGCUCUGGGAAUCAAGCUUGAAGCUCCUGAAGAAAAUAGCAGCAACCAUUAUCCUCGGUGCCGGCAUAUUUGUUCUCGUCUGCGCUACUCUGAAGAGUAUCUUUGUCUUGGUGGACCCUGUCAAUGGUGCACAACUUGCUGGCGCAUGGGGCACCCGGGAGGCCUUCGUCGCGGUGGUCACGACCAAUCUCCCCAUGAUAUUCCCCCUCUUGAAGACGUGGUUCAGGCCGCUGUGCGGCAGUGUGCUGCGCUCUUCCCAAAAGACAUACAAAACGCCAACUGGCUUCCGGACCAUCGGUGGUGGCGGCGGCGAGUCCAGCGGCCGUAAUCGUCGCGGGCCUCCCAGCGCAAACCCCAUUACCGCCAACUUGACAUUCACCGAGAGCGAGGAACAGAUGAUGAACGACGUCAAGUUGCAGAGCCUGAAGGCUUAUGCGGUGCAUGGGAGUGGUAACCACUUGACGAAUGGUAUCAUCAUAUCUAACGAAAUCGCGGUCACUACUGAGGAUAGAAGUAGCCAUCCAGGGGAGCAGUAUCCGCAACGUGUUCAUGAAACUUGGUAGCUUCGAGGCUUUAGAUUAGAUUAGACUGGAUAGAGUUUAUAUGGCGUCAACUUUCUUCAACUUGAUUAAGAAUGCC